AUGUCAGCCUUGGCAAACAUACUCAGUCCCUAUCAGUCACGGUCCGACCUCGCCACCUCUUUGCCUGGCAAAGUCUUGACCGGUCCACCGUAUCCGUCUCCCAACUCCCUGGACCGCCCUUACGCAUAUGCGGAUACUUCCGACCCGCAAGCUGAAGCCAGCUCCCAGCUGGAUGCUGGAGGUGGCCCCUCUGAUCCUAAUCGAAAGAGGAUCGCCAAGGCAUGCGAGAGCUGCAGGCUCAGGCGGAUCAAGUGUACGGGCGAAAUACCAUGCCAGAAUUGUGCCGACAAGGGCACGCCCGAGGAGUGCGUGGUGCGAGUCAAGGCGAGGCCAAACCGACCUGCUACUACUCGUCCGCGGAGGCCGAGCUCUGUGUCCAGCCAGGCUACGCCGAAUCGCCCGCCGCCAGCACGCAUUGCUGCACCGGCCCGAGAGGUCCGGCCUCAGCCAUCACAACCCCCACCCCUUCCGGGGUACUUGUCCUCGAUGUCUCCUCUUCUCGCACUCUCCAACGCAUCUCUGAUGCCGGCCGCCCAGGCUGACAGGAGUGAUCCUGCUCGGAUGACACCUAUCAAGCAGAUUGAAGCGCAUUUGGCCACUUGGUGCUCGAUACAUGAUAUACCCGUCUCAGCCUUGAUGUUCCAAGAUGAGACCCGCCUGUCCGCCCUGCACGGUAGCCCUCUCCCGCCCGACAAGGACAUUGAGGCGUUCGAGGAUGAGCUCAUGCGCCAACUCAUCAUCACCAAUGAUCUCGAGCAGGCCUCAUCGCUGGAUCGCCUCCAAAUCGUCACCCUCUACAAUCGCUACCGGAUCUUUCCCACGGCAUUGACAGCGGACCAAAAGGCGAUGGUGUACGCCGCGCUUUGUCUGGCCAAGCAUGCCAUGAUGAAGUCCUACGUCUCGUCCGGGACGCCGGACGUAGCCGGUCAGACUAGGGAGGACGUCACCUACUUUCGCAUGGCUUGGGCGCUGGUCUGCCUUGUACCCUACUCGCAAGCUCACGGCGGUCUGGCGGAGAACCGAGAGCUGCUCCGUAUGAUGGCUUGGCAAGUCCGUGAGCUAGGACUACAUCGGUCUGACAUGGGUAAACUAUACCUUUCUGGCGAGAUGGCUCUGUUCCCGCUGUUCCGAUACAUGGAUACCUUCCUGGCCGGCUUGGACGACCUCAAUCCCUACUUCACCCUCGCCGAAAGCGAUGUCGACCUCUCCGCCUUCACUCAGCUGCUAUCCCCCUGCCAGCAGGUCGUAUCCGACCACGCCUCGCGCUUCCACGACGACUUCAAUGACCCCAACAUCGACGUCACGGCGGACGAGUACGUCUUUCUCGCCGAGUCUCGGUGGAUCCCGACGCUGGCGCAACUGCAGUCGGGGCUGGAGAACACCCCAAGGGUAAAGAGAGGCUGGUGUGAGAUCAGAUACUACUGGCUCCGCAUCAUGCUGUAUUUCCAGCGUACAGGCUUCGAUACCGUCCGCUCGACCCAUGCCUGGAUCAUCGUCUCACACUGCCUCGCACAGAUUGUAUACAUCCACUAUGAGCUCGCCCUGAUCGGUCACCUCAACCCCUCUUGGCCUCAGCUUCGUCGCUUCUCGAUAUGCGGCCAACUGCUCGUCCUGUGCACCGCCCGGCACUUGUACCAGCCACAACAAGCUACCGAGCUGUUUGAGAAGCUCUUUUUCCUGCUGGAGGCGCACAAGGAGACGUGGACGAACGCCGGCGACUUGCUCAGAGGAUUCCAGCGGACCACCGUAGCGUUGGGCCUAUCGAUAUCCAGCAUGUCUCCGUCCACCGUCAUCAAUAUGUCGUUGCCUCCUGCGCGGAACGGCAUGAAUCCGUUCAGCUUGGAAGACUUCUCGUUCCCGUUCGACCCAACCAUCUUUUUCUUGUCGGAGGCGGAGGAGACGGGAGGCGCAGGCCCGAGUGGCGCUCUGGCGCGAAUCUGA